AUUUUCGCUACUUGAAUCUGGGCGAGCGAUUGCUGGAAUGGGAAUCCAUAACUCACAAUCGAUGCUUCGACGGUUUAUCAUCUGCAACAAAGAGAAGCUCUAGAUUAGCAUAAGGCCAUUGUAAUGUCACAACCGUCAUACCAGCCACCCGCGGGUCCGCCCCCUCAACAGGGGUACCCACCCCAACAGGGUUACCCACCACCUGGACCACCACCCCAACAGAUGGGAUACGGACCACCCCCUGCCCAAACAGUUGUUGUGGCCCAGCCUGUGGUCGCAUGUGGUGUUCAGGUGAUGCGUGAGUGUCCAGUCAGGGUCACGUGUGCUUCCUGUCGUGCUGACGUUGUGACAGGUACAACGUUUGAGGUCGGAAUGAUGACGUGGCUCAUCGCUGGAAUCCUCUGCGUACUUGGAUGCUGGCCUUGCUGUCUGAUUCCUUUCUGCGUUGACGGGUGUAAAGAUGUCAUUCAUACUUGUCCUAACUGCAAGGCCCAAGUGGGCGUCUACCGACGCAUGUAAUCCUGGCGCAUCCAAAGCUUUGAAAAGAUCCUGACGCUAGUAAACCUGACGCAUUUAUUUCUGUAAAUCUUGUUGUCAAAUCUAGUUCAUGUACUUAUAAUAAUAUUAUUAUUACAGGUAUACAGGUUAUAUAAUUGCUUCUGAUUUAUAAUUGUAUGUCAUACUACCAGUAAGGUGCUUUGUUAUCUAUCAACUAUAGAUUUUUAAUGACAGUUGUUACGAUUAUAUACAUGUAUUUUAUGCUUUUAUUUUUAAAUGAUUAAUGUAUUCUUUGACGUUUAAAUGUCAUAUCAAUUUAAACAAAAUACAGAAUAGAUGUUAAUAAUUUGUGCGCUUAUUUGUUACUGCUGAUCUGAAAUAUAAUUUUGAAAUUUUAAUUCAUCAAAUGAAAAAUAUAUAUAUGCUCAUUAUUUUCUUAUUAGGGUAAACAUGACCGAUUUAAUUUGUUAUUUAAAUGACAUGUAUGUCCCUUGUAAAUCUUUAGGCAGCAAGAAAAACAUUGUUCUCAAAUGUGUAUUCACUUGGACUUUUUUUCAAAAUAAUACUGUACUGUCAUUUAUUGUGUUGACCCUUCUUUUCGUUUUAAUGCCCAAAAUAUCAUUUAAAAAUCUCAGCUUCUCAACAAAAUGCUUUAAAGAUAUGUCAUUUAUUUUUAUUCAUGCGAGUUCUAGCCGGCUUGAAAAUAAAUAAAUUGUAUUUUAAUUAGAGACAAAAAUAUUUGAUACUUCAUAGCCUUAAAGGAAGCAUUGUUACAUGUAAUUCCUUUAGUAACAUGGAUAUUGUUAUCAUUUUCCUCAUUUCACUUUUAAAGACAGAAAUAUCCAGAUAUGUUUUAUCCGUCAAAAGUUUUAAAUUACUUAUUGUCCAAAUAAUGACAAAUAUUUUUACUUGUACAUCUACUUGUCUCCAUAUGAAAUAUUUUAUGUGUUGUGUAAUAUAAUUAUAUAUAAUAAUAAUUGUAAUAUAAAUAUAAAGUUUGAAAACUUAA